UCAUCAUCAUCUUUUUAUCCUCCAAAAGUUUAUUAUUUGUUUACAUUUGAAUCUUUGUUUUUACUUCUCAUUUCAUCUCUUAAUCCCUAAUCCAUCAUCAUUCUCAUCAUCAUCGUCAGCGAUAUUGUCGUUCUCAGUGUCAUCAAGAAACGACAACCACCCAAUCAAAUUCACGCCUAAAAUCAUCUUCUUUUAUCUUCUCUCUCUCUCUCUCUCACUCUCAUCAUCAUCAUCUAUUUCAUCGUUUUCCCUCCUUCCAGAUCCGAAACUUUCAAUGAAACAAAGUCCGUUACUUAGCCAAAAACUGAUCAUCUUCAUCUUCAUCAUCAACUUUUAUCAAUUAAUUAUAUCUCUUUACAUAUUUUUUUAAACUCUAAUCUGAUGAUAAUCUUCAUCAUCAUCAUCAUCAUCUCCCUCAUCUCACUCUUUUCAAUCAUCAUCAUUUUACUAGAAUUUUAUCACAACCAAUUCAGUGUAUUUCUUGCUUCAUCUUUGAAUCUGUGUUAAUUGUUUGUCAUCAUCAUCAGUGGUUAAUACAAAGCAAAACCAUAGUUAGGGUCAAUUUUAUCAUCAAUAGCCUUUUAUUUAUCUUCAUCUGAGAGAGAAAGAGACACAGGGAGAGAAAAAGAAAGAAAGAGAAUAAAGGAUUUCAUAGAAAAGAUUAGAGAAAUUUUUUUUCUUCUUUACCUUUCAUUCAAUCUAAUCAUUCAAUUCAUCAUCGUCAUCAUUAUCAUCAUCAUCAUCUUUCCCCCUCCUCCCUCACCAGUGCCCAUGUAACCACCACCACCACCCACUUUUAUGUCACCUUGAUGUUAUUACCUGUCAUUUUUGUUUACCAAUUGAGCCAAAAAAACACAAUAGUUGAUAUUAUGUAAUAUGAGUGAUGAAAUAUCAACGGACAAUUUAAAAUUUAGUGUCUCUCACCAAAAUCCUCCUAAACUGGACAAUCAUAAUUCUGAUAAUUUUCUAAUAACCUCAAUGGAUACAAAAGAGUUACAAUUAGUUACUUUAACACCUAACUUAUCAUCAUCAUCAUCAUCAUCAUCAUCGCAACAAUUAACCUCAUUAACAAUUUCCUCCGUGAGUAAAGUGAAUGGUUCCCGGAAAUGGUCAGAGAAACAGCAUCAUGGUCAACUUACCCCCUCAAUAAGUGAUGCAGUGACCAAAGUUUUAAACGGAUACGAUUGGACCUUAGUGACCACCUCAUCUAAAUCAACCUCAUCGGCCAAAUUAAAGAUUCACGUUAAAAGGCCGAUGAACGCGUUCAUGGUUUGGGCUCAAGCCGCUCGAAGGAAACUUGCUGACCAAUAUCCGCAUCUACAUAAUGCAGAAUUGAGCAAAUCCCUUGGUAAACUUUGGAGGGUUCUAAGUGAAGAGGAAAAAAAACCUUUCAUGGAGGAAGCGGAAAGACUUCGACUGAUCCAUAAAACGGCUCAUCCUGAUUACAAAUAUCAACCUCGUCGUCGUAAGAGUGGUAAAAAUGGUCAAUCGGAAUCAGCUGAUUGUCCAUCUUCAUCUUUCUCAUCCAAAGUUAAAUCAUCUUCAUCGUCAGCGACCUCAAUCUCAUCUUCAUCAUCCUCAUCAUCUAAAAAGUCAAAUGUCUCAUAUGAAACUGAUUUCACCGAUUCCUCUGAUGAAACUAAAUCAAUGAAACAAUCAGCUCGAAGUGAAACCAAGAAGCUGACUCGUAAUAAUAACAUCAACAGUAAAUCAUUAAAUCAUCAGCACAUCAAUAACAGUGCCAAAGUUAAUCAUUGUAACACCAACAACAAUAAUAACAACAAUUUAUCAACCAGAUCACUAACAUGUAAUAAUUUCACCAGUUACCCAACACCAACAGCAACAACCCUAAUAACUGGAACAACUAAAUCAUCCUCAUCAUCAUCAUCAUCAUCUACCAUCUCUACAACAACCACAUCAUCAUCAUUAUCAUCAACAACAACAACCAAAUCAACAACAACAUUAGUCUUAACUCCUCCAUCAACACCACAAAGUGAGUUAAUUGCAAUCGGAAAGCCCAUAGAAUCAAGAUUGACCAAAGAUUCAAAUGAUCACCAUCAUGUAAUUAACAAUAAGAGACAUAAAGGAUUAUCAUUGAACACAAUUAACUCGACCGGUGAAAAUGAUCAGUCUAAUGGAGAGUCGAUUGUGACAGUUAAUUGUUUGGUAAAUCAUAAUCAUCAUCAUCAUCACCAAUCAACCUCAUCCUUACAAUUUACCAGCAGCUCCAAUAAUCAAAAUGUAAUUGAUUUAGUUGAUUCAGAAUCAAUUGAUAAUCUUGAGAAAAGUGAACUUGAUCAAUAUUUACCUUAUUAUAAUCAACCAAAUGGUGGUAACAAUUUAUUUAAUUAUGAUCAUGUUGACCAUGGAGGUGGUGGUGGUGGUGGAACUGGGAUUGGACAAUUAUCAACAACAAUUAACAAUUUGGUGACACCAACAAUUGAACCUUCAUCAACUGUUGAUGCAAUUUACAAUUGGUCUAAUCAUUAUAUUUCAUCACUACAACAAUCAACUUGCCAAGUCAAUUACAAUCAACCCAAUCAAAGUAAAUUAACCCAAUGUGACCAAACAAGUGAAAGAUCAACAAUUAAAUUAACUUCACCAAUCACCAAUAUUAAUAAUAAGGCAAAUGAUUUUACCAAUGGUUUACAAUCAACUAAUCAAGUCAAUUGUAAUAGUAAUAAUAAUAAUCAAUCAUUAUCACAAAUCAUUGGUGCUGGACUAAGAAGUGAUUGUGACAAUUAUCCUUUAAUUGAUUCAUUUACAACAAUCAAAUCAAAUGAUCAACCUUAUCAAAAUAACCAUCAAACUAAUUGUGAAUCAAACACCAAUACCAACAGCAACAAUUCAAAUUACAAUUACAACAAUUAUGAUGAAAAUAACAUGUUCUGGUCUUAUGAAUGAAUUAUCAAACAAUUAAAUUUAAUUACACAAGAAAAAAAAAAUGUUCAAUAAAAAUAAAACAAAAGCCAAAAUCAAAUCAAAUCAAAUGAAUUCAUUUUUCAAUCUAAAUUAAAAAUCAAUCAACAAUCAUUGAGAGUAAACAAACAAUUGUAAACAAUUAACCUUUGUAUCCAUCUAACUUUUUAAUUAACCUUUAAUUGUCAAUAUAAUACAAUAAUAGUAUAUAACUUAAUCAAAUGAUGAACUAAAUUAAAUACAAAUACAUUUAAAUGAUAAUGAAACAAAGUUUUCUUGUAAUGAUCAAAAUUAAAC